AUUUAACUUAAUAUUAUAAUUAUAACUCACAUUACCAAGAAAAUAAAGUUAUGAGUUUGUAAAUACAGUUUAUUCUCUACAUAAGAUAAAUAUCUUACUCGGUUGAUGUAAAGUAAUUUUGAUGGAUUUCCCAUUUAUGCUAGUUUAUACUUCUACUACUCUUUAUACCUGCACUUUUCCACAGCUGUAGAUACUAUUUACUUUUCAAAUUAAACGUUUGCUCUCAAAAGAUCAGUUUAUUAAACUUACUUACUUACUUAAAGCAGUUAAAAUUAGCUCCAUCUUGACCAACCACAAAAUUAAUUCAGUUCAAAUUCAGUAUCAACAUAAAUGUGACGUGCUUUUAAAGCGAAUUCAAAUCUCUGAGGCAGUAGAGACUUCGGUGUCUUCAGUAUUCUUCUGCAGCCCAGGUAACUCCCGUUUCUUCCGUUUCCGUCUCUGCAUGAGGGCUCUCUGUCUCAACAAGUAGUAGCAACCUUUCCCGGUGGUCCCGCACUGAGCUUCCUUCAUCUGAUAAACUUUAUCUAGCCCAGUCAUCGUGCAUGUUUGCAGGAAUUUUUUCCCUCUCCUGCACUGCACAAAACAUUAGUAGACUUAAUAUAGAAGCCAAAUCUCUUGAACCUAGAGAGAGGUGUUCCCUGAUCUCCUUAUUCUUCACACACACUCCAGCAAAGCAAUGAAGGUUUUUUUAAUUCCACUUGACUUUUUUACCUUUGACUUCUUUUCAUUUUCCAUGCUUCAUAUCCUUAAUCAUAACCUUGUUUUGUGUGCCUGUUCUUACAAAGUGAUGGUGCUCUCAUUGUCCACAAGUGUGUGUUUACUCCAGGGCCGAUGGUGGCCCUGUGUCUGUGCCCGUCUGUUUGGAGGAGAUGCUGUUGUUGGUCCGAGCUUCAGUACCUGGCCAGAAACGUGGAGUCAUUAUGGGAGAAGGGAGAGAAGUGUGGAAGCAUCCUUCAGCAGGACACGGUCACUGAUGGGCAUCAGUUGUUGAAUUCAGGAUGAAUGACAUGAACCUGAGUCCUGUGGGCAUGGACCAGCUCAGUGUGCCCUCAGUGAGUGCCAGUCACCUGGGGCUGCCCACCUCCCCCACACACAACCCCAUCCCUACCCCAGGCAUGCCAAUGGCCAUCCCCAGCCUGGGUCCCUCCCUGGGCUCCCUCCCUUCUGCCCUCUCACUGAUGCUCCCCAUGGGUCCGCUGAGUGACAGAGGAGUGAUGUGCGGCCUGCCGGAGAGGAACUACUCCCUGCCACCUCCUCCGUACCCCCACCUGGAGAGCAGCUACUUCCGACACAUAUUGCCAGGUAUAUUGUCUUACCUGGCGGACCGUCCACCACCUCAGUACAUUCAUCCCAGCAGCCUUAACAUGGAUGGGACCCUCUCUGUGGCCAGCAACAAUCCCUCAGGUCUGGACCCCUACAGUGGCCCUGGUGGCCCACUGGAGCAGGGACUGGUGCCCAUGGACUCCAGACAGGUCAGUGGGCAGGGGGACCUCCACCAGACCGGUGCUCAUGAACUGGACUCUACAGGAUUGGCCAUGGAGUCGCGUGUCAGCAGCCCCAUGUCCCCUGAUAGGAUGGGAGAGGAGCUGGCCACCAUGGAUGGAGUCGGGGUGGUGGCGGUGUCGGACACCCAGCAGCAGCUUGGCGGGGGAAGGCAACCUCAGCCACAUGAAGGCCUCACCGGGGUGGACUCGUCUGGCGGGGUGAUGCCCCUCCACGGGCCCCCUGUGCUUGAACUACCAGUGGUGAUGGAGCCAGAUCAUAUGGGAGGACGAGUGGGAAACGGCGGGGGAGGAGGAGCUGGGGGACUUGGGGAGCAGCUCCACUCGAAUGGGGAGUUGAACUCAGGAGUCGUCAGUGUGGUGCUCACCAGCUCCAUGGCCAGUCAGGGCCAGCUGGAGCCGGUGCCCCUGCAUGGACACUCUGGGAUGGGGCUGGAGGCAGUAAACGUGUCCCCCAUCACUGCAGAGGUGUCACUGGGGCCAGAAAACAACCUGGUGCUGGUGAACUCCACCUUGCAGCUCGAGGAUUCUACCUCCAACAAGGAGAACAUGGUCACUGCCUACACUAUUUGGUGCACACUGUGCGAGCGCUCAUAUACCUCAGACUGCCCAGAGCAUGGCCCAGUCACCUUCAUCCCUGACGCACCCAUCCAAAGCCGGGCUCGCCUCUCUCUGCCACGUCCACUGUGCCUGCGCAUCUCAGUGGCUGAUGAACCACUUGGAGUUUUUGCACGGGAUGUCAUUCCUCCGAGGACCUGCUUUGGACCAAUGGUUGGGCAGCAUUGUAGCAACGUGGAUCUCUCUGACUGGCCAGAAAAGGACACACCUCAAGUAUGGAAGAUGUAUCACAACAAUGUGCUGGAGUUCUACAUCGUGACGACAGAUGAGAAUGAAUGCAACUGGAUGAUGUUUGUCCGCAAGGCGAGGACUCGUGAGGAGCAGAACCUGGUAGCGUACCCUGCCAAUGGUAAAUUGUUCUUCUGUACAACCACAGAGAUCCACCCUGACCAGGAGCUGCUCUUCUUUUACAGCAGAGACUACUGCAGGAUGAUGGGUGUUCCUCAGGUGCCUGAGGGCCAGAUCUGCCAGUGUGGCAAAGAGUGCUCGUCCUUCUCUGAGCUCAAGUCUCAUCUUAGCAGCCAUAACAGCAACCACAGCCAUAACCAACCUCCGCACAGCCACAGUCCGUCACAGCAGGACCACGCUCAGCAACAACAGCAGCAGCAGUCACAGCAACAACAACAGCAGCAGCAACAGCAGCAGCAGCAACAAGAGCAACAAUCACAGCAACCGCAACACACUCACCAGGAGGAGAAGCUGACCAACGGGACCUCGAGCUCCUCCUCCUCGCCGUGGCCCUGCCACGCCCACGCUGCAGGACAAACAAACAAUGACAACAACAGCAGCAGCGGUGAUAGAAACUCUAAUGACGUUUCCUCAAGAGCGAAAGGUCAGGGUCAUGUGCGAGAGAAGAAAUUCAAGUGCAGCAUGUGUUCCCGGGCUUUCAUUACAUCCACUAAGCUCAACGUGCACUUCAUGGGGCACGUGGGGAUGAAACCUCACAAGUGUGAAUACUGCAGCAAGGCCUUCAGUGAUCCCAGCAACCUCAGGAUGCACCUAAAGAUCCACACAGGUCAGAAGAACUACAGAUGCACGGUUUGUGAGAAGUCAUUCACGCAGAAAUCCCACGUGGCGUCGCACAUGCUUAUCCACACCGGUGCAGAGAAGCUCAAGUGUGACCUCUGUGACCGGGCGUUCAUCAGGAAACAUGACCUGAAACAGCACAUGUUCUCUCACACUCACGAGCGCCGGAUUCAGUGCCCAAAGUGCAACAAACACUUCCUCAAGACCAACCACCUGAAGAAGCACAUGAACUCUCACGAGGGCCGCAGAGACUUUGUCUGCGAGAAAUGCCACAAAGCUUUCCUCACCAAAUACCACCUCACCCGGCACCUCAAGAUAUGUAAAGGGCCCAAGACGGAAAAAGGGUCCCGCAAGGAGCAGGAUGUAGAUGAGGACGAUGAGGAAGAGGAGGAGGAAGAGGAGGAUGACAGCAGGGGAGGGAGAGGAGGAGGAGAGAGACUGGUUGACUCAGCUAAUAAUGAAGACUGUGGUUUAGAUGUUGGAGGAUAUAACUCUGAAAAGUCCCUGUCACCCCCCCAUUGACAACACUGUGCCUCUUGAGAUGUCUUGUUUAUUUAUUUACUUUAGUACAAUACUGACAUUUACCUCUAGUUUUUGCCAAAUAUCAGUUACUACACAUUUAAACUGCAACAUCUUGCAUAAUCAGUAAAUUUUAAUUGCCACAUUUUACAUAAUUAACAUUUAAAAAUCUGUUUUUGUUCUAGUUUGUCACAAGCAUAACAGUGCCGCUAAAAUAAUGUUAUCAUAGUAUAAGCCAGCUGAUAAAGAUCUGACUGUAUUACUAUAAAACUAUUUUUCAUUUAACUCAGGCCUGUGCAAUAUUAUUGGUUGAUGGGAUUCAUAUAAGCUAUCAUUCAUUCAUUGUUAUUCCUUAAUCAGAUUUUUCUUGACUCACUCAAAUAACAUGGAGUGAAAGCCUGAUAUUAAUUUGUAGUUGCACAUUAACCUGAUGCCAUAUUCUUGCAUUGUAGUUCUGACCAUGUAUAACUGCUACAUGGCCUGUGCUUUUACUCUUUAUUUAUUAAAAACAGGAUUUUUUAAAUUGAAGUUGUCUGUGUGAGAGGAGGUGAAUGAAGGAAUCUGGGUAUUAUUGUGACAAUCCUUGUGUGAAUGUUGACUACAUGUUGAAAUAAUGUCAUAGCUACAUCCUUUCCUUUGCAUAAUGUUUUAAUACAUGAACUGUUAUAGCUGUUUUAUGUUGACUGAUAGUCAUGACAGAAAGUAUAAAUGAUAACUUUACAUUAAAACUUUUCAUUUUUUGUGUUUA